AAGGUGUCAGCGCGGGGGAGGGACAGGCAGGCUGCGCGCAGGGCAAUGUCCUGGUCCUGUGCAGUUCCCGUGUUGCCGCUGCUGUCCCGUCUCGAUAUGGCGCUGCGGAGGGUGCUGGCGCUGGGGGCAGCCCUGGGGCGCCGCAGCUGCUGCUCCAAGCCCGCGCUGCCCCCUGACUUCGUGGAGGCCCUGAGGGCCGUGGUUGGAGCCCCCAAUGUCUCCACGGCCACGGCGGUGCGGGAGCAGCACGGCCACGAUGAGUCCAUGCACCCCUGUGCCCCCCCGGACGUCGUGGUGUGGCCGCAGGCGGUGGGGCAGGUGCAGGAGCUGGCAGCCCUCUGUCACCGCUGCCGUGUGCCCAUGGUGCCCUUUGGCACCGGUACCGGCCUGGAAGGAGGCGUCAAUGCCGUGCAGGGCGGCGUCUGCUUUGACCUGAGUCGCAUGGACGCCAUCGCAGAGCUGAGCCUCGAGGACUUCUCGGUGACGGUGGAGCCCGGUGUCACCCGCAAGGCCCUCAAUAAGCACCUGCGUGGCACCGGGCUCUGGUUUCCUGUUGGUACUGUGGGCAGGAGGGGGUCAUGGGUCUGGGGGUGACAGCAUUGGAGAGUCUGGGGAUGAGGACACACUUGAGGAGCUAUGGAUUGUGGCGUAUCCAUAGGUGUGCUGUUAUUGCAGGGCAGUAGUAAUGUGCCUCUAGGACUGAGGGUGCCAUGGUUUCUGUAGUUCUGGAAGGGAUGCACAGCAGGACUGGGAAUGCUUGGGGUCAGGGGCUACCAUCCUGUCUGCAACACCAAACCCAUAGCUCCCACGGUGGCCAUGGCACCUUGCAAGGUGCUGUGAGGACACCCACCUCAUAGUGAUUCAGGGCCUGUGGUGCCCUAUUG